AUGAUUAAUUAUAAUUAAAUAUAUGUUGCAGUUCGCAUAAAAGCUUAUUUAAAUAAUCAAGACAAAGAGGAAAGUUGUAUCUCAUCCUUUACUGAUGUAUUUAUAUUAUCAUACAUUUUAAAUAGAAAUAAAUAGUUAUAUCGAAAUCCAAUAUGUAUGAAUAAUAGUAUGAAUUUAAUCAAAUUUUUGAUUCACAAUGUGAUUAAGAAUAGAUUUAUCUAUGUGUUGCAUAUCCUAUAGUUAAAGAUGCUUUAAAUGGGAUAAGUUCAAACUUGGUUAUAUAUGGUUCAUAAGGAAGCGGCAAAACAUAUUCACUUUUUGGUACUAUAGGAUCCUUAUUUACACUUAAACAAGGAUUAAUUAGUAUUGAAAGUGGAAUUGCUAUUAGAAUGAUUCAUGUAAAUAUUUAGUUUUUAGAUUUAUAGUAAUUGCACUAAUAAAAAUAAAUAUCAGAAUUGAAAAUAUUUAUUAUUGAUAAUGAAUAGAUUAUAAAUCAUUUAAUGACUAAUGGAUAAUCAAAAUGGAUUGAAUUAGCUAAAUAAUUAUGUGAAGUGAUAUAAAAUCUAAAUGAUUCUAUUAUUCAUGUUGUUAUUGAAAUAAAGACUUUACAGAAUUCAAAAAUUAAAAUAAUUUAAAUUGGAUCUAUUAGCAAAGGAUAUUCAGGAUAGAUGGUUACUCAUAAUAAGAGUAUUUUUACAUUACAUAGAUGUAUAUAAUGUUUGAUUGAUUAAUAAAAAUAAAAAAAAAUAAUUUAGAUGCAAAGAAUAUAUAUACCAUUUAGAGAAUCAAAAUUAACUAAUUUAUUAUCAAAUUCAUUUUUAGGAUAAGCACAAUUAAAAAUUAUACUUUGUCUUGCUCCUACAAAAAUAGAUGAUGCUUUAGGAACACUUUAAUUUGGAUAACAAUUUCAAUAAAUCAAAAUACUUAGGUAAUAAUCUAAACAUUAAACAUAAUUUUCAGUUUAAUAAUAAUUUCAAACUUAAUCUUAACUUUAGUUAAAUGAGUUUAAUUCUAUGACAACAUAAAGUCAAACUUUGGAAAUGAUACCAAUUCAAUUCCAUCUUUAAAAGAUUUAAGAAUUGACUGAUAAAUACGAAUCUAUAAUUCACUACUUACAAUAAAAAAUAAUUAAAUAUAAAAAUAGAUGA